AUGAAAAAGCUGCUCAUGAAAUCUAGUCGCUUGACUCAAACCCUGGCCAUGAUGAAAGAAAUGGAUGGUAACACCUCACGGGAGCCGCUUUUGAUGGAAAGCGACAGAGAGUAUGAUGAGAGUAGCCAUGAAUUGAAUGAGAAGAAUGAUACUUAUUCUCCAUUUUUCACUUAUAAGUCUCUAUCAGUGUUGAUUGCGAACUUUCUCCUUCUCAUUCUCUCGGUCGUCAUCCUUGUUUUUGCGAAACUUGAGUCCUCUAGGCAAUCAAGCCUUUGCACUAAAGAACAUUCCUUCUACUCGCCGGCAUUGGAGGAGGUAAAGUAUGAAAAAGUUCGAUAUGCUGGUCUCCUAGAAUCGGAUUCAUUAUGGCGAGGAUCCCCCAGUCCUAUUAUUGAUGAAGCAUGGGACAGUGUCACUUGGAAAGUCCCGGAGAUCCCUGUUGAUGAAAGCGUCGUUCAUCGAACAAAUAACCAAUUCGAUAUAAACUCCCUGACACGGUUUCCGCCUGAGUUUGGAGGGCAGAUCUACACUGAGGUAGAAUGGAAACAUGAGUUACACUGUCUGAACCUCAUGCGGAAGUACAUCUAUUUCGAUUACUAUAAAAAUUCCACGUCUCUAUUCUACGCAUACUCUUCCGACGAGAUCAUAAAUCAUUUAGGUAUUCUCAACUCCUAUUUCUUCUCCUAA